GUGACUAACUCUGGCUGCUCACUUAUGAAAAAUGCUGUUGCAUUACAUUGUCAGGAUUUAAUAACAACACAGGUAAAACACCAAGGUGAGCUUCUCUUUCCAUUUACUUCACACAGGACAUAAUAAAGACAUCAAGAGUAGUAUACUAUUAACAUCAAGACAGUGGUUACAAUGUUUGUUUUUUCUCUCAGUUUCCUAGCAACAGAUCUUGAUUGUAUUUUAAUGUUAUUAGUAAGCUUAUUAUGUGCAUUUUAACUGAACAUUUAGGAAAGACAUUAUAUCUGCUUAUAAGCAAAAAGUGAAAAAUAGCACAAUCUAUCUGCUACCAUUAUAAAAACCUGCUGGCCUAUUUAACAUGUGUUUCAGGAUAUUCCUUGGAUUUCUGUUCAGAUAAACAAGUUUUCUUAUCCAGAAUAUGCUACAUUAGAGCAUCAGAAUACAAGGGUAAUUUGGGCAUACAAAAAUCUGUUUCUCUCCUCAAAUGAAGCACCACAAACUUCAAGUCAUACCUCAUUGUAAUCAACAAUCAGAAUUAAACAGCUGCCCAUCCAUUAAUGUACCACUGUUCCAAAUAACCUAUGGUUUUGGAGAGGCAGAACAGUCAUUAGCAGGAGUUUUUAUAAUAUCCUAGAAGAAAGAAAUUUGCAGUACUGAUCAUUCAAAACGCAGCACUUGCUCCUGCCAGAAGUGCUCUUAUUCUGCUGCAUCCAUUUACUGUUCUCUAAGAGAAAGAGCUGCCUCUCCCUCCCCUCUCUGUUACCAGACUAUUGAAGACUUUAAACCACCAUCCUGUACUCAGCUCUGACAUUUACUACCAGACAGAACAUUCAUUAAACCAAACUACAGAUAGCUUUUCUGGAAAACAAAAAAAGUAGCAAAAGCAUUAAAUGAUGAGCAUUAAGUAAUAUACAUGAUAUAUUUUUAUAAAUGACCAAACACACAAUGAAGAACAACUGGUAUAUUUUUAACCCACUUGGAAGGGGCAAUUUCCAGUAGUUUUACAUGAAUUCUCCUAUCAUUAUAUAUAUAAACAUAUACAUGUUAACUUGGAAAUAGACAUUGUCAAGUUCUGACUAAGAAAUAAAACUAGAUGGGAAUCUUUCCUUUGCUCCAAGCCUCCAUUUCAAGGAAGAAAGAUUUCAAUUUAUUGUGAUUUGGUCAAUAUAUUUUCCUUUCUAAGUAACGAUUAGUCCAGAAAUAAAGACUCACUGACUGGGCUCACAAACUAUAUUUAAAACAAAGUUCUGAACAUUCUGAAAUACAAGAGUCACUCUGUAAUUUCAGAGCAGUUGUAAUAUCUUAUCCCACUCUAACAGGCUGCCAGAAAUGCUCCUGGAUAAGGCCCAUCACCAUUUGUUCUAAAGAUAUCAACUUUCUGGCUGGCUCUGUCAGGUAACUGAGGACAUUUGGACUUUGAUUCAUAUCUCAUAUACUUCUUACAUUUCAUCUUCGAAGGCAAAAUUUUUGGAUAUGUAUUUAGUCUGUAAAUCUUUAUUAAAAGGCUCCCAAUAUUGCAUGCAAUAAAGUGCUGUGUUUUAUCCAGAAUAAAAAAGAUGUAUGUGAAAACUUUUCCUGUAAAUAUCCACUUACUUUGUAUGAAGGAAUUGAGCAUUUUUUCUCCAACAUGCAAUUUAGCUGAGUGAGUUCUAAUAUGUUUUCCAUGUAAAGAGAAUGAAAUUCCAUAUUGUGUUACUGGCAGCCCUGGAAUUAACUGCAGAGACUGAAGAUAGGAAGCAUAUCCCUAAACAUUGAUACAAAACACAACCAAGACUCCAAAGAAAAUUAUUUUGGACAUUGCAGUAUAUUGCGGCUGAUCCUCUUAUUCUUUUUAGUUAAUGUAAAUGGAAUGAGGAAAAGAAACUUUUCAGAAUAUCCAAAUAAAGGGUUUUCUGUUUGUUUGUUUUUCUGUUUGUUUUUAAAGUUCCACAAUCUGUUUGGAUUACUAACACUUUCCUGAAGAUACUUGAGGCUGUGGGAUGGAAUCCAGAACUGUUUUUAAGUAUCACUUUGAACUUCCAUAUGUCAAUACCUUUUUUCCCAUUUUGUUAGCACUGACUGUAUUAGCAUUUGAUCAUAGUGCAAACUGGUGCUUCUUGGUCAGCGUGCCUGUCAGAACACAAUCAAAACAAAGAGUGUACAGAUCUCAUCAUCCCUGGGAAAAGGCUUUAUGACUUUGUUUAUACCGCAGCUAAGGCUAGAAGACAUGGCUUAAUUUUAAAGUGCUACCGGCACUAAUAAACCAAUUAUCAAUGAUCUUGAUGAGACCCGUAUUUCACCUGCGUGUCUCCUGUUAAUAUGUGCUGGUUUAUCUCACACACCUGUGUAUGCAUGCUCUGCAUUUCCCGGAGUGGCACUGCAUGUGGACAAACAGCAUCUCUCGCCUGGGACUGUCCAAGCCCGAGUGGAUACAAUGAACGUUAUCCGUGCCCGAGCUGCCGUUGGGGACCGUGACCGUGGCACCGAGCGCACGCAGGCCGGGCAGGGGCGGCGCUCGCUGACGUCCCGGGCAGCCCCGCCCCCCUCCCGCGCUCCCGCAGCUUCCAGAAGGGCCGGAGCCGCGGGGGGGCCGGCCCGGUGGCGCAGUCGGAAUUGCUGCGGCCGCGGGGCCCGGCCGGGGCGGGGCGGGCGGUGAUGCCCUUGUUUAUUUUUACCCGGGCGGUUCAUCCUCCUCGGCAGCCCCAGCGCGGCCCCCUCUGCCGCUCCCCGCCCCAGCUCCGACGGCGGCGCCGCCUAUAAAACGCCGCCCGCGGGGAGCCGAGGAUGCAGCUCUACAGCUCCGUGAUCACCCACUACCCGGCGGCCGCCACCGCAGCAGCCGCCGCGGCCUCGCCGAGCUCCGCCGCCGUCUUCAAGGUCUCCUUGUCGCCGGGACCCUCCGCCGCGGAGGCACCGAGCGCCGCCGACGCCGCGGGCCCGAACGCGGCUGCCGAGAGCUCCGGCAAGGACAGCUUCGUUCCCGCGGGGGGCAGCAGCAGCAGCGUCGCCGCCAUGCCCGCCUUCUCGUCCUGCCUGGAGGUGAUGCCGAGCGGCCCCGCGGCGGGCCCGGCCGGGCGGCCGGCGGGCGGCCCGCAGUUCAGCUCCUGCGCGCAGGUCACCGUCAGCCGCCGGCGGCCGCUGGAGCGCAUCGUGCCCAUCCGCAUCGUGCAGCGCGCCGAGGCCGCCGGAGAGCUGGUGCCGGGCUCGCCGCGCAGCCGCGCCUGGCUAGAGGGCAUCCUGGAGAGCGUGCGGCAGGCCGGGGGCGACGGCGAGGCUGCCGCCGAGGAGCCCAGCAACCGCAGCCUGCGGCUCAGCGAGCAUUGCCAGGCGCUGCAGGCGGCGGCCGCCGGAGCCCAGCCCGGGCUGGUCCCCGGCUGCGGCCCCGCCGAGCGGAGCGGGGGCCCCGCGCAGCCCGGCGGCCCCGCCGCGCACGGCGAGGAGGAGGAGGCGGCGGCGGGGCCCGACGUGCGGCGGGGGCCCGGCGGCAGAGCGGAGCGCAGCGAGAAGCUGGCGCUGUACCUGGCCGAGGUGGAGAAGCAGGACAAGUACCUGCGGCAGAAGGGCCGGUUCCGCUUCCACAUCAUCCCCGACGGGAACUGCCUGUACCGCGCCGUCUGCAAGGCGGUGUACGGGGACCAGCGGCUGCACGGCGAGCUCCGCGAGCAGACCGUGCACUACAUCGCCGACCACCUGGACCACUUCAACCCCAUCAUCGAGGGCGACGUGGGAGAGUUCCUCAUCGGCGCCGCCCAGGACGGGGCCUGGGCCGGCUACCCGGAGCUGCUGGCCAUGGGACAGAUGCUGAACGUGAACAUCCACCUGACCACGGGCGGCCGGCCCGAGAGCCCCACCGUUUCCACCAUGGUUCACUACCUGGGGCCCGAGGACCCGACACGGCCCAGUAUCUGGCUGAGCUGGCUUAGCAAUGGGCACUACGAUGCUGUGCUGGACCGCGUGUGCCCCAACCCAGAGUACGAGGCGUGGUGCAGACAGACUCAGGUACAGCGCAGGCGGGAUGAGGAGCUGGCCAAGUCUAUGGCGGUGUCCUUGUCCAAGAUGUACAUAGAGCAGAAUGCCUGCUCAUGAGAGCGCCCGGGCCGGGAGCUUGGCUGCAGGGACUGACAGAGAGGUGUGCUGGCUGUGAUGGUGAUGCCUUAAUCCUUAAUGAAGCAGCAGCACCCCCGACGGAGAAAGACUGUAGGUUGCGGGGGAUAAAUACAGACGUAGUUGUAAUAUUCUGUUGUAAAAACUUAGCCUCGGGUUCUUUGCAAGCAGAUUUUCUGUGUAUGUUUGUGUCUCCCCUCCUCACUGUCUAUUUUCUAUAAGAAUGUAUUUUUUGCACACUAUUUUUAAACUGUUACCUCCAUCUUCUACAUCUUACAUUAGUAUCUGGCUUUCAGCUGUACAGCCAAAAACGUUUGUAAACAGUUUUUGUAAAUAAGGCUUAUGAUGUAACAGCUAUUUUUUGCUGUGUUUUUUACCCAUAAACCUUAUAUUUUUACCAAAUGAAGUUGAUGUCAAACUGACCCCCCUAGUUGAUGAAAAUGUUGUGGGUAUUUUCUUGCAAAAUUAAAAUAAUGGCUUUUGUAAAAGUGUGGCAAAGUGAGAACAGACUGCUUUUAGGAACAGUUGCUUUCUCUGCCUGGAGCACAGAACAGGUCCUUUGAGCCAGUUGGAAUGCAGCUACACGUGAACAGAGCAGGGAGCAAUUGACUCUUCUGUUUUUAAUUACUGUUUUGAGUAAACUGGCCUCCUGUUGCCUGGUUGGCUCACUCUCUGCUCCGUUUAUGUUAUUUAUCUAUAAUAACAGAACAUUAACUUGCAAUAGAAUGUUGUGACUAGAUAAUAGUCUCCUGCUUUGGCAGUAAUUGCCUUGGCUGCACCUCAGUGUUUGUGUUCUUGUUUCUGGGGUUAUGGUGUCUUUCGUAUAAGCCCUGCUUCUUUUUUGGCACUGGUGUUUCACCAACAAGUCAUUAUCUGAUCACAACAUUUUAUUCACGUGACUUUAUUUUCUAAUCAAGAAAUCAGGAAUGGUUUAUGGUUUAAAAGAAAAAAAAUAGUUAAAUUGAGGUUUGUAUGGUUUGCUGGGUCAAACAUUUAAAUGUCCAAUCUGGAUUCUGUCUCUUCUACUUUCUGAUUAACUUGUUAGAUAUAUUUAUUAAGUAAUGCAGUUUGUACUUUUUUAUUUUGUAAUAUAUUGUGAUUUUGGAAUUUAUACUGUAUUUGUAUAAUAGGAAUAUUCACAGCUAAAAUGGAAUGAAUAAAGAAUAUAAUUUUACUUGU